ACCUACGUGAGUCACAGUAUCAAAAUCGUACUUUUUUUUUAUAGUUAAGUGAUUCAUUAAAUUUGUCAACAGAUAUCUAGUGAUUUCUGGAUUAUUUAAUUUUAAAAAAAUGUACAUGUUAACAUGAACCUUCUGUAAAUAGUAUCAAUUUUAAUGAAGAAUUUACUGAAAUAAAAUAAACAAUAUGGCCAAUAAAGGCGGUCCAGAAACCGAUGACAAAUUAAGAUUUCAAGUUGAACUUGAAUUUGUCCAAUGCUUGGCAAAUCCAAAUUAUUUGAACUUUUUAGCUCAACGUGGCUACUUCAAAGAUCAGUCGUUUAUUAACUACUUAAAAUAUUUACUGUAUUGGAAAGAACCAGAUUAUGCAAAAUUUAUCAAGUAUCCAAUGUGCUUGUAUUUUUUAGAUCUCUUACAGCAUGAGCCAUUUAGAAAAGAAAUAGCUACUGCUAUUUGUUCAAAAUUCAUUGAUGAACAGUUAUUAUUAAUUUGGCAACAUUAUACUAGACGGCGUACUAAAAUGAUUCAUACGGCAUAUGAACAAAAUAUGAAUACAAUGAAUAAAUCAAAUUCAUCAAAUAUCGGACAAGCCCAAACUAAUGGCACAAAUGGUAUAAUGCCAGCUUCUAUGCCUAUUCCUAAAGUUAUGCCUCCCUAGUUAUAAAUUAUUUGACUAUUAAUUUAUCUAGAUAAUUUGAAUAAAUCAUGUACAUGUUUUAUUUUAUUUAUGAAAUGUUCAAAACAAAAUGUGAAUAAUGCUGUGAAAUGUUAACUAUAAGUAUUUAUCUAAAAAUAAAAUUAUUGGUAAAUAUUAUAA